AUGUGCAACCAACAAGCCCAGCAGGAGAACGCGCUCAUUUCUGCUCAGAACCAUGGCACUAUUCUGGUAAUGGUCGCUUGGUUCCUUGCUUGCCUAUUGGCGAUAUGUACCAUAGCAAGAGUUAUCGCUCGAUACAGGUCUGAACACCUUCGCCAUCUUACUUCGACAGAUGAUAUCAUCAUUAUCGCCGCAUCGAUCUUUGCUCUUGGAAGCACCGUAAUAAUAUCUACAGCCCUCGACUCGGGUUUAGGAAAGAAGAAUUGUCUUCUGGAUGACGGAGACUUGGAGCAAAUCCAACUCAAGCUCUUCGUCACGACGAUAUGCUUCGUUCUGACAAUUAGCUUAGCGAAAAGCUCGGUCCUACUUUUUCUGUAUCAUCUAGCAGACAAUACCUUUCGGAGGGCGAGCGUCUUAGCUGUUAGUGUACUGGUACUGGUAUGGACUAUCGCAGUUCUAGGCGGUACGGUCUUCCAAUGCGAAUUACCUACGCCAUGGAUGGUAUGGACGGGCAAAUGUAUCCCAUUGGUACCGUUCUGGAUGAUUGCAACGAUUUUUGACGUUGUCCUAGAAACAGCUAUCAUCGCGCUCUGCACGCAUCGCGUAUGGACUCUUCGUGAGUCUUGUCGUCAGAAGACUUUAGCCACACUACUCUUGUCGAUGCGUUUCAUCUUGGUGGCAGCGUCCGUCAUUCGUCUAGUCUACCUCCAGCAAGCUUAUGGUCGCAACGGGGACCCUGCUUUUAACUCGAUACCUUACGCCGUUGCUACACAAAGCCAAACCACACUCGCUGUCCUGAUCGUCUGUAGCCUCUGCCUCAAGCCUUAUGCUCGCUUUGAAGCAUCUCGAUCGCAGGCACCCAAACACAAAUUCAGACACUCAAAACACUGGUCUGGCAGCAUUACCAUCGGUGGCACACCAUACGAGUCUUACAAUUCUUUUCCACCGCCGAUCAUAAGAGAGCCUCUCCUGUCCAUACAAGCGAGUAUGUCGCAACCAAACUCCCCUGCAGUAUCCAGGCACUCAUUGAACGACGAUAUACUGCUGCCUGACAUACCGGUGCCGACACGAUCUGCUAAACGGCCACUUAGGCCUCCGCCACCCAGCGAGGAACAACGACCGGAUCUUAGCAUGUUCACUAGAAACAUCACCAUACGGCAGCCGCCGGUGGUAACACGACUGGGGGCUUUACAAGAGAAACAGAGUUAUAACGGUCUGAGGGUGAGGAACCUCACUUGA